AUGGUCCGACCUAAUUCAGAGUCACCAUGGGCAAAUCAUUUUGCAUUCUUGCAUGUGCCGAUACCGAAAGUGAAACCAAGUGAUUCUCAGUUCUCUGAUCCUUUGAAGUCUGUCCACAAAGCUCAUGAGGUGAUCAAGAGGAAACAGAGCUCCUUCGGUGUAGUUCUCACAGGGAAGCUGCUAGAGAUGAUGAAAAAAUGCAGAAACCCAGAGGCGGUAGCGAGGCAUAUUAAAAGGACAUCGAGAAACUCGAACAUCCUUAUCUCCAACGUUACAGGGCCAAUGGAGAAAUUGUCUCCGGCUAACCAUCUUAUUAAAGGCGCGUACUUCACCAUCGUCGGCACACCCGAGAGUCUCCAAGUAACCAUGAUCGGCUUUGCAGGAAAUCUGAGAGUAGUUGUGCGAGCUGAGCAAGGGUUGAUAGAUUUUGAGUUGUACACCCGUUCCAUGCAUGAUGCUUUGCACAUGAUCCAUCACGAUGCAUGCAGGAAGCAGUAG